CAAAUGGUGAAGAAAAAAUGAAGGGCCCCAUAAAAAAAAUGUCAAUAUCAAUUGCAUAAAUGUGUGCAGAUAAUUUCGUUCGAUAUAUCUCUUUGAUGAUUUGCACGAAGAAGCAACAGAAAACAAACUCGAGCUGAAGCCCCUCCCACCAGGUCAACGCAUAUAUCUCCAUCUGCGUCAGCUGCAUAGGGACGGACGGACGCCAUAGUUCCUGUUGUGCUAAAACAAGGAAGAGCUUAAAGCCUAGGUGAGGACAUACGGUGCAAAGCAAUCCGUGAUGGACUCCAGGUCUCGGAGACUUCCGUUUUGUCUAUCCAGCUCCAGAUCGUCCUACACCUUCACUCCGACUGUCUCCUCGUCACUGGGAUCCAGUAGGCGGUACAGCAGGGAGCCAGUGCUGAACAAUGACCGCUUCCAGAGCGCAUCAUCUCCCUACAAAGCAGACACAGAUAAACAGAGUUCUCGCCUCCUGAGCUCGUCAAGAGAUUACAGCAGUUCUGACACUCGCUCCCCCAGCUGGAAGCUGCCUUCUUUGACGCCCUCCGGCAGAUCUUACGACCGCCCCUGGGUUGAAUCAGCUCUCAGCAGUAGGAGCAAAGCGAGUGAUGCUGAAGGGAGGUCAGGGAUUUGCUCGGGUGUUCUGUCUGCCAGUGACGAUGCAGAGUCGAAAAGGGCCAAACUUUCAUACAGCAAUCGCCUGUACUCCAGAACGGCCAACACUUCGCUCACAGGUUCUGGCUACUCUAGUAACGUGCUCAGCAGCAGCAGAGGCACAAAUGACUCUCUUGAUUCAUCCUGGGGUUCAUAUCGUUUACUCUCAAGACCGACCCCUUCCUCCACGAAGCCCCUGCUGUCCUCCAGAGAGCAGGAGACGAAGAUUGAGCCCGGCCUCUCGAGUCUGGGAGAGAGAAGAGCCAGGAAUCCUGGACUGGUUUCCUCACUGUAUCAAACUGACAGGGUGACGUCCACAUAUGCACAAGGAGCUCGGCCAAAAGAAACUACCUACUCUCCCUCUUCCUCAUCUUCCGCUGUGCGGGAGAGCUCUCUGAGUCGCCACGCCUCAUCCUUCUCCUCGCAGCAGCCGACGUCAUCGCGGCUGCAUGACUUGAGCAGCAGAAGCGCGGCUCGUUUUGCAAACGCUCCACCUUCUCUCCGCUCAACUCAGGAACAAGCACGAAGCGCAGUAUCCUCUGGCGUAUUCGCCUCCCACUCCUCAUCCUCUUCCUCUUCCUCCCACACCCCCUGGCAGUCCACUGCCCUGAGCAGACCAGAGCCCGCCCUCCCACGGCCGUCCGCCGAGGACGGAGAGCCGGAAGGCCGGAGCUCCACACGCCGCUUGUUGUCUCGUCUGUUUUCGCGGCGUUCUAGCCAGGACUCUUCCAGCUGCUCAUCCAGCGUUCGCUCGCUCGAUGACGACAGCCCGUCUACCAGUGGGGAGUCGGUGGACAGCGACGAGGGAGCCGGGCCGUCCAGCGCAGACCCAGACGUUGGCAGUGCGGCGACGGCCUUGGAUAGCCUCAGGAGUCAUAGAACGGACCUUUCUACUAUCCAAGAAAGCAACCCGGGUCACGGUGGUCUGGGCCGGUCCGGAACGGCUUCAUGGAGAGAACCUUCUGUAAGCAGCGGAGGAGGAGGGAGGGGCUCAUCUUGGCUCUCUGCCCCCUUCCGAGCCCGCUGCCCCCCCCUCCUGUCCCGCCUCCGAAGGUAUGCAAGAGAAGACUCCCCUUCAGGCUCAGAGCAGGACUACAGCAGUCCGCAGCAUUUACUGAGAAGGUGGGAUGACCUGGAGCAUAAAGCAUCGCAUGAUGAUGAUGAGGAAGAAGAGGAGGAGGAGGAGGAAGAAGAAGAAGAUGAUGAUGAAGACGACGAGGAGGAGGAGGAAGGAGCGUUUGCUUUGGAUUCUUUCGCUGAGUCUUAUGCUGAUGGAAUAGAGGAUGAAGCGUUGCCUGACCUGGAAGUUGUGUUUUCACCUCGCCGGCGGCUGGGAGUUCUGGAAAACCUUUCAGCCGCUGUGGGACGCGGCGAGAGGCAGCUGGAGCCGGACCAGAAGGAGAAGACGCUCUCCAGCAAGGAUCAGGAGAAGCUGCGCGAGAUCAAAGAGAAACUAUUAAUGGAGGAUUCCGACGAGGAGGAAGGAGACCUGUGCCGAAUCUGCCAGAUGCGAGAGGAAUCUUCCUCCAACCCCCUGAUCCAGCCUUGCCACUGCACCGGCAGUCUGCAGUUCGUCCACCAGGAAUGCAUUAAGAGGUGGCUCCGCUCCAAAAUCAGCUCAGGAACAAACCUUGAAGCAGUCACAACAUGUGAGCUCUGUAAGGAGAAGCUGCGCUUGAAUAUUGAUAACUUUGACAUCCAAGAGUUGUACAGAACUCACGUCCAGUCGGAAUAUGAUGAAUUCAUCAGCAGCGGCCUCUACCUGGUGGUCCUGCUCCACUUCUGCGAGCAGCGGUUCUCCGAUGUGCUCGGAGCUGUCGACGCAGCCGGGUUAUUCAACCUGGUGAGAAUUCUACAUGAACACAUGGACAGUCUUGAAACUCCCAAUGGAGAAAGCGACGAGGAAGACCAGGACAGCCGGCCGUCUAUUGACUUCUCCGACCUGGACUAUGACGAAGAGUACUGAUCAUCUUACCAUGACGUAGUUGUUAUAGCUCACUCGGUUUUUCGCCCUUCGCUAUGAUGUCAUGUUCAAGUGCAUCUGCAGCAAGAUACCAUGUGCACAGAACAUGUUUUACCAUUGUCGCCGGUGGCUUUCGCACAUAUGCAAACUUGGGAUGAAUUAAUGCAUAAUAUUUUAAGUAAGACCACUCUGUCUGUCUGUCUGUUUUUUUUUUUUUUUUUUGGUUGUGCAUUUUAAUUUAACUUUAAAUAAAUCUUUUUAACGGUCAUACCACAAGUGCUUUAAUGGUUAAAUGAGGACAAGAACUUUUUACUCCGAUUAAAAAUACUUCAAGUCAGAA